GGUUUUCCACACUGGAAAAUAUAAAAGCAAAAAUCUCAUAUAUCUGAUCAUUUGAAUAUUCUCAAACUGACCAAAGUAGUCGAAUUCAAAAAAUUUUCCUGGAAAACAAUAUGGAUAAAUUAGGAGCAUGCAUUUCCUCCGCUGAGACUCUUGCGAAUACCAUCGGAGGAACAUCGGGGGCGGGACAGCUUGAUCGUGGUAACGGAAAGGUAAUUAACUGGUCCUUCAAAGGACAACUCAUGGGCUUUGAAUGGAAGUACAUCGGGAUCUGUGUGGACCAAGCCACCGGGGAGACCGCCACAGCCGUCAAACAAAGCAGAGCUGGCUCCAUAGAGCAUUCCAUGAGGGACCUGUUCCAGAGACUUGCUGCCAGAAACGCCUUGUAGACGGUCCUCAGCGAGAAACCGUUAAAGGGAUGGGUGGUUUUUGCCAUUAUUAGACUAUUUUAAUCUCCCAUAAAAGAAGAGUUUUUAAUGACUUACAAAAAUAUUCAUUUUUGUGCCUGGUGAUUUUUUGAUGUUGUAUAAAUGAUAUAGCAAUAUUUGAACAAUAUAACAAUCCCACAGAAACUAUUAUUCUGUAUUCGUUGCAAUUAUGAUACUGCCGGGGUAAAAUUUUGCGAAAUUGUAAAUUGCAAAAUUCAGAUAACACAAUCAGUUGAUUUAGAAGUUCACAAAACAAUGCUAAUUUCUUUGUAUGUUGCUAUAAGAAAAGAUACAAAUCACUUCGUAAUUUUGAUUAACUGUAUAAAAUAAUUGUGAUUUGUGCAAAUCACAUGUGACUGAACAAUUGUUUUAAAAUAAGAAUACAUUUUAAAGGGAAAAUAUACACUGUGCAUGUAAAUUUCAUACUCGAAUAUUUUUAUCUCAACGAAAAUCUUGAUCCAAGAUUUGAAAAAUAUUAUGGAUAACGUGUGAUUUGUCUUAAAUAAAUAAUGAAAGCUUAUU